AGGUUUAAAGGUGCAGUAUCAUGGUUAUGAAAGCGUCACUAGAAGAUGAUGAUGCAGGAUGGGAACUCAGUAUGCCUGACAAGAUGGAAAAGAGUAAUACAAGCUGGAUAGAUAUAACCCAGGAUUUUGAAGAAGCUUGUAGAGAACUUAAGUUAGGAGAACUUCUUCAUGACAAGCUUUUUGGUCUUUUUGAAGCCAUGUCUGCCAUUGAAAUGAUGGAUCCCAAGAUGGAUGCUGGUAUGAUUGGAAACCAAGUUAAUAGGAAGGUUCUUAACUUUGAGCAAGCUAUUAAGGAUGGCACCAUUAAAAUAAAGGAUCUUACUUCACCUGAGCUGGUAGGAAUAAUGGAUACCUGUUUUUGUUGUUUGAUAACAUGGUUAGAGGGGCAUUCCUUGGCACAGACAGUAUUCACUUGCCUUUACAUUCAUAAUCCAGACUACAUAGAAGAUCCUGCUAUGAAGGCUUUUGCUCUAGGGAUCUUAAAAAUCUGUGAUAUCUCCAGAGAAAAGGUUAACAAAGCAGCUGUUUUUGAGGAGGAAGACUUUCAGUCAAUGACUUAUGGAUUUAAAAUGGCCAACAGUGUGACAGAUCUUAGAGUUACAGGUAUGUUAAAAGAUGUAGAAGACGACAUGCAAAGACGAGUGAAGAGCACUCGAAGCCGACAAGGGGAAGAGAGAGAUCCAGAGGUUGAACUUGAACAUCAACACUGUUUAGCUGUGUUCAGCAGAGUCAAGUUUACCCGGGUACUACUGACUGUUCUAAUAGCAUUUACAAAAAAAGAGACAAGUGCAGUUGCAGAAGCUCAGAAACUGAUGACUCAGGCUGCUGACUUGCUUUCUGCCAUCCACAAUUCAUUGCAUCAUGGUAUCCAGGCACAGAAUGAUACCACUAAAGGAGAUCAUCCUAUUAUGAUGGGCUUUGAGCCCCUUGUUAAUCAGAGAUUGCUGCCACCAACUUUCCCUCGAUACGCAAAAAUAAUUAAAAGGGAAGAAAUGGUCAAUUAUUUUUCUAAACUAAUAGACCGGAUAAAAACUGUAUGUGAAGUAGUCAACUUAACUAAUUUGCACUGUAUACUGGAUUUUUUCUGUGAGUUUAGUGAGCAAUCACCAUGUGUUCUUUCAAGAUCCCUGUUACAGACAACUUUUCUGGUUGAUAACAAGAAGGUGUUUGGCACUCACCUCAUGCAAGACAUGGUAAAAGAUGCUUUGAGGUCUUUUGUGAGUCCUCCAGUACUUUCUCCAAAGUGUUGUCUUUAUAAUAAUCACCAGGCGAAGGACUACAUUGAUUCCUUUGUGACACGUUGUGUUCGGCCAUUCUGUAGUCUGAUUCAAAUCCAUGGACACAAUAGAGCCCGUCAGAGAGAUAAGCUGGGUCAUAUUCUUGAGGAAUUUGCCACCCUUCAGGAUGAGGCAGAGAAAGUAGAUGCAGCACUUCACAGUAUGUUACUGAAGCAAGAACCACAAAGGCAGCAUUUGGCUUGCUUGGGCACCUGGGUCCUCUAUCAUAACCUUCGUAUUAUGAUACAGUAUCUUCUGAGUGGCUUUGAGUUGGAACUUUACAGUAUGCAUGAAUAUUACUACAUAUAUUGGUAUCUAUCAGAGUUCCUCUAUGCUUGGCUGAUGUCAACACUGAGCCGUGCUGACAGCUCUCAAAUGGCAGAAGAGAGAAUAAUGGAGGAACAACAGAAAGGCCGUAGUAGUAAGAAAACAAAGAAAAAGAAAAAAGUUCGCCCUCUCAGCAGAGAGAUCACCAUGAGUCAAGCAUACCAAAAUAUGUGCGCUGGGAUGUACAAGACAAUGAUUGCAUUUGACAUGGAUGGUAAAGUAAGAAAACCGAAGUUUGAACUGGAUAGUGAGCAAGUUCGAUAUGAGCACAGGUUUGCUCCAUUCAACAGUGUUAUUACACCGCCCCCAGUGCACUACUUGCAGUUUAAAGAAAUGUCUGAUUUAAAUAAGUACAGCCCACCUCCUCAGUCGUCAGAUCUCUACAUGGCAGCUAGCAAACACUUCCAACAAGCUAAAAUUAUUCUUGAGAAUAUUCCUAAUCCAGACAAUGAGGUAAGACUGAAAUACUGCAAAAAUAU